AUGCUGAUCACCUGGCUGGCUAUGGUUCCCUGUGUAUUACUUUCCAUCGUCGCGGUGCACUCAAAAUCGGUGGUUAAAAACGAUAGCACUAUCACGGUCACCUCUUUCACUAAAUGUCACGUUAAAUCACGUCGGGGUUACCAGUUUGAGGUGAGCAGCAAUCAGUACAUGUUAACAACAAAAUUAUGUACCAUAUCGUCGUUCACUGCUAUGGGUAUUUGGGGUCUUACAAAAAAGAGAGGUGACAACGAAGCAAUCAUAACUACAAAAGAAGUUCUAAUAGCAAAAGCCGAUGCAUUAUACGAGCAAGAACAAUACCAGGAAAUACAUGACCUUCUAAUAAAUUAUAAAGAUAGCGGUGAUAUUGAAAUUAUAUGGCGUUUGUGUAGAGCAAUGUAUAAAUUGUCUAAAAUUGUGAGUGAAGUGGAUGGAAAGAAAUUAAUUUUCGAAGCUUAUGAUUUAAUACUUGAAGCACUUGAGAUAAAAGAGGAUAAUUGGGCUGCACACAAAUGGGCAUCGAUUCUUCUUAAUUCUAAGACUCUUUAUGAAGGAGUAAAAGCACAAAUAAAAGAGUCAUAUAAUAUUAAGAAAUAUAUGCAGGUAUAUUUCAUGAUAAUAUAUUAA